AGAAAUCGAACUUGGCAACCUCCCGGGCAGACCGGCGCAGGCAGCACGUGGUUCCCGGCUUUCAAAGGCUGUCUCUAUAACCUUUCGACGGUGCCGUUGUUCCUCUUCCCUCUGGUUCGCUCAUCUUCUCUGUUGUCAUCUUGUUCAUCGCAUCCAGAUGAUGAAAUACAUCCUCGUGACAGGCGGUGUGAUCAGCGGUGUUGGAAAAGGAGUGAUCGCAAGCUCGUUCGGCACUAUUUUAAAGUCUUGCGGAAUUCAUGUCACCUCAAUUAAAAUAGAUCCGUACAUCAACAUAGAUGCUGGGACAUUCUCACCAUACGAGCACGGUGAAACGUACGUUCUUGAUGAUGGAGGGGAAGUAGACUUGGAUUUGGGCAAUUAUGAAAGAUUUUUGGAUGUGACUUUACACAGCGAUAACAAUAUAACAACAGGGAAGAUAUAUCAACAUGUGAUAUCUAAGGAGCGAAGAGGCGACUACCUAGGGAAAACUGUACAAGUUGUUCCUCAUGUGACCGAUAUGAUCCAAGAAUGGGUUGAAAAAGUGGCAAACUGUUCGGUGAGCGAAGACAACAAAAAACCUGAUGUUUGCAUCGUUGAACUGGGUGGAACAAUCGGAGACAUCGAAGGAAUGCCAUUUGUUGAGGCUUUUAGGCAAUUUCAAUUCAGAGUGAAGCGGGAAAAUUUCUGCUGUGCACAUGUUUCACUUGUGCCUCAGCCAAAAUCUGCUGGAGAAUCAAAAACAAAACCAACCCAGGCUAGUGUGAGGGAACUGAGAGGACUUGGUCUUUCACCAGACCUCAUUGUUUGCCGUAGCGAAUUUCCUAUUACAGAAAAUGUCAAAUCUAAAAUAUCCAUGUUCUGCCAUGUUCCACCAGAGCAAGUACUAUGUAUCCAUGAUGUUUCUUCUAUAUACCGAGUGCCUCUGUUGAUGGAUAAACAAGGAAUCGUUGAAUUUUUCAACACUAGAUUAAAACUGAACAUUCCUUUGCCAAAGCCGAGAAAAUUCAUGAGCAAGUGGAAGACAAUUGCAGACAGGUUUGAUACACUGAGAAAAGAAUUGAAUAUUGCUCUAGUAGGAAAAUAUACAACAUUGGAAGAUGCUUAUGCUUCAGUUUCUAAAGCGCUCCAGCAUGCGGGUAUCUUCAUCGGUUAUAAAGUUAACAUCAUGUAUAUUGAGUCCGUAAAUCUAGAAAAGAGCAAUGAGUUGUCAAAUCCAGUUUUGUAUCAUGAAGCUUGGAAGCAACUUUGUAAAAGCGAUGGAGUUAUCGUCCCUGGCGGUUUUGGCACACGAGGAGUCGAAGGGAAAAUUGAAGCGUGCCGUUGGUGCCGGGAAACAAAAAAACCCUUUUUGGGAAUCUGCCUUGGACUACAAACUGCUGUGAUUGAAUUUGCGAGGAAUGUUCUCAAACUUCAUGAUGCGAAUACAACUGAAAUCGAUGAAAAAACUUCUUCCCCUGUUGUGAUUGAGAUGCCUGAACAUAACCCGGGAAAACUUGGAGGGACCAUGAGAUUAGGCAGAAGAACAACAGUCUUUAAAAACAAUACUUCCUCAGUUUUAAGACAGCUUUAUGAAAAUAAAGAAAAGAUAGAGGAAAGGCAUAGGCACAGGUACGAGGUGAACCUAGACUAUGUUGAACAGUUUGAAAAAUCAGGGUUCAAAUUUGUUGGUACAUGUGUAGAAGGCAAACGUAUGGAAAUUGUUGAAUUAGAAGACCACCCGUAUUUCAUUGCAACUCAGUUCCACCCUGAAUAUCUUUCAAGACCUUUGCAUCCGUCACCGCCGUUCCUCGGACUCGUACUUGCAGCGACAGGUAAGCUUUCUAACUUUCUGUCGAAAGGCUGUCGACUUUCCCCGAGGGACAUUUCCGAAAAUGAUUCAUCCUCAGAAGACGAGAUGAGCUUAAAUGAGAUUGUUACCAGUUCAAAUCAUCUAUCAAUUUGAGAUUAUUAUCAUCACCAAGAUUGAUCUCGUUGCUUUCGAUUGUAAGUUUUUAUAUACGUAUAUUAUUUUUAUUCCAUCGAAUCGAAUAAUUAAAUUUUUAUUUUACAGUUACGAAUAAUAAUAAUUUUUUAAUAAGUCAACAAAAUUGUUUUUACCAUUUACAUAGCUUUCUCCAAUUUUGUCUUAGUUUUUUAAUUAGAUCAAAGAUAAUUAUAAUCAUUUAUUUCACAAAAUUAGUCACAUUACACUUGUUUACUAUCAUUUGUCAAAUGUUAAUAAUAAAAUAUUUCUUCCUGUUAAGCAAUUUGAAAGGUUUUCUGUAAAGAUUUGACUGUGAAACUUUUCUUACUAACUAGACUUUUAUCCAUAACUUAAAAAUUUUAUUGCAUGGCUGUGUUACACUGGAAUCCCUUCUUUAUUUUAUUAAUGAACAUAUUUUUUGUGAUGAAUAAAAUUAUCUCAAACUGA